CUUAAAAAAUAUCGCAGAACUGUUAAGGCUUCAGGACUCAUAAGGUCUCCGUAGUUUUGUUGAUUGAGCAUUGUGGUUAACCUGUGAGAUGUAUCGUUCUAGUGUUCCUUACUACAGCAGCAGGGCGGCAGGGUAUUCUGCCGGCAGUGGCCGAUCAACUGAUUAUACCCGACGACCGGAUUCAUCUGCGCCAUCAGCAUAUUCUUCACGUAGUUCGAGCUAUUCAUCUCAUCCAAGCUCGACAACUGUAAGUCUUUCUAGCUCAAACGCGCCUUCAACAAGUCACAGCGUUUCUGCUUCAUCUCGAGGACGCGACUUGACAAGCGCUCAAGAGAGUCCAAGGUCUUCGGGUUAUUCCGGAUCAGGGCGAACAUCAGACUACAGCAGACCGACUGAGUCCUCAAGACUAGCUGUUCCUUCUUCGUACAGCUCAAGUUACUCUUCUCCAAGUGCAGUGACUGAAAGUUCCACCCGUCCAAGCGUGACAUUCUGUGCUACUGGUUCAGAGCGCUCUGGAAGUACUUCAGCAGAAAGUCCAGGAGCUUCCAGUUAUUUUAGAACAGGACGAACAUUAGAUUAUACCAGGCCAACAGAAUCUUCAAGAUCAGCCGGCAAUCCUUCAAGCUAUUCUGCUCAACCGAGUGCAGCCAGUACUGGAAACUCUGUAAGGGCUUCGAAUUAUGCUGGAUCAGGAAGACCAUCAGACUACAACAAGCCGACUGCGUCCACAAGGCCAGCUGUUGUUUCUUCUUCAUACAGCUCAAGUUACUCUUCUCCAAGUGCAGCGACUGAAAGAUCCACCCGUCCAAGCGGGACAUUCUGUGCUACUGGUUCAGAGCGCUCUGGAAGUACUUCAGCAGAAAGUCCAGGAGCUUCCAGUUAUUUUAGAACAGGACGAACAUUAGAUUAUACCAGGCCAACAGAAUCUUCAAGAUCAGCCGGCAAUCCUUCAAGCUAUUCUGCUCAACCGAGUGCAGCCAGUACUGGAAACUCUGUAAGGGCUUCGAAUUAUGCUGGAUCAGGAAGACCAUCAGACUACAACAAGCCGACUGCGUCCACAAGGCCAGCUGUUGUUUCUUCUUCAUACAGCUCAAGUUACUCUUCUCCAAGUGCAGCGACUGAAAGAUCCACCCGUCCAAGCGGGACAUUCUGUGCUACUGGUUCAGAGCGCUCUGGAAGUACUUCAGCAGAAAGUCCAGGAACUACUGGUUAUUCCAGAUCAGGGCGAACAUUUGAUUAUACCAGGCCAACAGAAUCUUCAAGAUCAGUCGUCAAUCCUUCAAGUUAUUCUGCUCAACCGAGUGCAGUCAGUACUGGAAGCUCGAGCACUGUAAGGGCUACUGGUUAUUCUGGAACCGAGAUAACAUCUGAUUCCAACAGGCCAACGGAAUCCUCGAGACUGGCAGCUUGUUCUUCCUAUAUCUCGAGUUCUUCCGCUCAACCAAGUGCAGUCAGUGUGAGCUCUACUCAUCCAAGUGCGAGUUCAGCAACUUAUAGUGCGUCCGGUUCAACUGGCGCCCGCGAUACGUCACUUGGUCACGGAGUAACUAGGUAAGACAGUGGUAGCAUUAUGCUUAAAUACUGGUAUAAUCUGACCUGAGAGAGUCUGUAGCGAGGAUGACAGGCGCUAAACUGUACAGGAAACAAGAAUCUUAUAUUAUUCACGGGACAUUGCCAGAUAAAAUCAUUUAUAACUUUUGAUUAAUUAACCAUUUAGUAGUAA